GCGAAAACGCCAUCUCUUCGAUCAGCAAUACUCUAGCUGUCGUCUACCAUUAUAAAAGACUCUUGCUACUUCGCCUUCAAAUGUGGCUUCUUGCUUUGGUCGUGACUGCUGCGCUUUCCUUGGUAUCAUCUAUCCGCACUCCUCCAAAUGUGAUUGUUGUCGGUGGUUCCUCGGGAAUGGGGAAAGCAGCAGCUCUUGCCACCAUUGAGCAUGGCGGGAAGUGCAUGCUGGUGAGUCGAUCCAAAGACAAGCUGUCCACAGCCAAGUCCUAUUUACUUUCAGAGGUCCCAUCAGCCAUUGUCGACACCGCUGUAGUCGAUGCUACGAAUGAGGAGGAAGUGCAGGAAUUUGCAGAAUCACUGGAGUUGGGUGCAUGGGACGGUCUCGUGAUAUCAGCGGCAGGAAGAGCACCUCAUGGGCCCUUCACGGAACUACCAACCUCCGAUGCCCGAGGAAUGAUGGAAUCCAAGUUUUGGACCGCCUAUCAUUGUGCCAAGUACAUCUCGGUCAAGCUAAAUGACGGAGGUUGUGUGGUGUUCGUUGCAGGCAUUUUAAAUCGAAGACCAGGUAUAAACUGUGCCCCCCUUGCCAUUUCGAACGGAGCCUUGGAAGGUCUGACUAAAUCAUUGGCAUUGGAGUUUGGGCCACGGUUACGAUGCAACUGUCUUAGCCCUGGAUUCUGUGACACAGAGCGGUUUGACCACAUGACUCCAGAUCGAAAGGCGAAGAUGAUUGCCAACACUGCCCUCUCCCUGCCUUUGCAGAAGAUCGGCGAACCCAGAGACAUGGGAGGCGCUCUGUACUACUUGUUGACAGCUCAGUUCUGCACUGGAGUCAUCUUGGACGUAGACGGCGGGCAUGGGAUACGACAAUAUGCGUCCGUUGCGGGGGAUCCAAUGCGUGCAAAAGAACAAACACGACAAUAACCAGCUAGCUAUGUGGCAACGGAACCAAGCUUCGUACUUCCAAAAUCCACAAUUGCCACUUGUAGAAACCUUUAUAGACAGUUUACAAAAUCUUGGUAAAACACAAGAAGGGAGUUGAUUCAUCAUGCAUGCAUGAAAAGGUUAAUUGCUUACUACUACUAGCUAACUAGGCCACAACCUGGACCUCGAACCAUGGAAUCUCUGCAGGGAUCUCCAGCCAAGCUGCCUGCCACAAUGACAUCAUAGAUAAAUGGCCAUAGUCUCGCUCCGAUC